UGAAGCACUGAAAGUUGUUGGUGUUUGUUACAAUUUUCCUCAAAUGGUGCAGCAGGCCAUUUAGCCGUCACUCUUCUCUCACUAAAACCCUCACUCCUCCCUCUCUUUCUACAUUCUGUUCAGCAUCCUUCAUCAUUUUUCCUCAAAUUUCUUCCUUGAUCUUUCACUUCAAGCUAACUAGGAGUUACACCUUUGCAUUACAAUCAUCUCUACCGAAGUACUACAAGAGACAAUGAAGAAAGAUUUAUUAGGACAUUUAAUUUCCUUUGCUUCAUAUGUUGGCAUACAAAAUCUGCUUUCGUGGAAGCUAGGUGUGGAUGAGCCUUUCAAUGUUAUGGCAGCUGCAUCACUCACUUUCGGAGCUCGAGGUUUCAUGAAGCCAGGAUCGAUCCGUUCCCGAGCAAGGAAUAUGGCGCUAUAUUCAGUAAAGGCAGGAGCACUUGGUUUUCCUAUUGGUAUGAUCCAAAUGAAGCUUAUGGAAAGUGGGAUUAUGGUUUCUCCAUCUAUUUCGAAAAGUCCUUCAGCUGAAAAUCCACAUUCAGUUGUAAAGGAGGAUGUCGAGAAAAAUUAACUAAUGUAGGAAAGCACUUCAAAGUUCAAAUGCUACUCAUAUCCUCUUCAUAGAGUAAUUAGUGCUAAUCCAAUAAUUUAGUGUCAGGUUUUUUAGGUUGAAAAUAUUAGACAUCUGCUGUUUUGCUAUCACUUGUUCAGUCUUGGUCGUACAAGUAGCAUGCACAUUUUUAGAGUGAUUGUGUAUUUUGCAUUUCAUGUAUUCUUGUGGCUCACAGCCAAAUAGCAGAUUGACCAAUGCACUUUAAGCACAUUUCAAAGAGCUUAAA